AUGGAGGACCCUCGCGACACCACGGCGUCAACAACGCCUCAGCCCGAUAUGACGCGCAACAGAUUGCCGACUCUGUUCGAGGUGCUGAGCCGUCGCACACUGCCACCGGUCGAUCUAUUCUCAUUCUACAUCUACAUGCGAGACCAGCAGCGAUCUGUUGAUUAUCUAGACUUUUGGUUGGAUGUAGCUCAGCACAUGUCACUUUGUCGCCAUUAUGUCCGCGAACUUCGUCGAUCAGUCCUCAUAGCGACGCCAGACCUGGAAAAGUCUUCUAAGCGAUCAUCCCAGAUUAUGGAUCUUGGUGAAAUGGACAACCGUGCGGCUGGACCGUCGAUGUAUGCGACGGAGAAGGAGAGAGAUCAAGACGCCCAGAUGUCGGCCUUUUUACGUGAAGAUCUGAGCCAUGAGUCACCUCAAACACAUAGCGGCUCAAAUCGCACAAAACCUAGCCCUCCGUUUAGCCACGCAACGGAUUCGAACUCGCCAGCCCAUACUGUUGCCCGGCAAGAUAUCAGAGCCUCUGCCGAGAAAAUUCUCUACACGUUCUUGAUGCCUGGAGCUGAGAGGGAAAUCACACUGCCUGGAUCUAUCACUCAGGACGUUACAGCCUCUAUUGAAGAAUAUGGUCGUGACGACCCCGAGGUUUUUGAUGUGGCUAAGGACUACGUGUUCCAGGCGAUGGAACGAGACGCGUUUCCAGGUUUCUUGCGCAUGAAGGCCUUGGGCAAUCUCAUUCCACCAACGCUUGUCAUGCGUCUUAUUAUUGGGCUUGUUGCCAUGUUUGGAGCAUUUUGGACCUCCUUCAUCCUUAUUUUCCUUGAUAAAUCCAGAGCAACUAGAUGUUGGCUCAUUCUCCCAUUUACUGUUGGCGUAUAUUUCCUUGCAUCAUAUCAAUAUUCCCUUGACCCAAUCUUGGCGCUCAUCGGAUUCAGCGAGUACACUCCCUUCAAUUUCUCUCGCAUUCGAGAACCCUACGUUCGUCGCCUUUUGGCGAAGCGAGCACUCAUGGUGUUGGCCGUGACGACUCUGAUUGAUGCAGGACUGUGCGUCCUGUUCAUUCUUGUCCCAGGCAAGCGACUCUGA